AUGGUCUCGCCCUCUCGGGGUUUGCAAAGAAAGCUGCUGGCCGUAAAGAAGGGCUUUCCUACUCGUGCCCAACGCAUCUUUGACGGAGUCCAAGCACAGCAAGCAAAGGAACAGCAAUUCACGUCCAGUGCAAAUAUGGUGGGCUGGUUAGGAAUUGAAUCGCAGCGAGAGAGGCGGGUGGAAGGGAGCUGGAACCGCACGCAGCAGCAGGAGCGAGUGACCCAGCAACCACCAGCCACCCCUGCCACCACCAAAUAUAACCAACCUCGUCUGCCGCCCUCUCGCUCUCUUUCUUCCUCUUCCUCUUCUUUUUCUUCAACCACCACUCUCCAAUCCUUCAUCCAUCACACCCCAUCCCAAUCCCUUCCAUCUUCAAUCGUCUCUGCAUCCAGUGCAAUUGAGGACCAAGGAGUGUUACCAAGCACCUCCAGCCCUCUUCUCCGCAGCUUGACCAGAGUCAAGUUAUCAGGCACCGCUUCGCGCGCCGGACGGGAAGAUACUCGAUUCGAAGGCCCGCUCCCUGACCCUAGAGUCUACGGUAAAGAGGAGGUCGACACCCACUUUGCCAAGUCCGAGUAUCGUCCUGUUCGCACCCACUCCCGUGAAGAGUUCCAAGUUUACGAAGAACGAUCUGCCCCCCGUGACCGAUAUCCCGAAGUAGACCUUGCUCGCGAGAGAUAUUACGACUCCCACACCCAGGACAAAAAGGGCUUUGAAACCCAACUCGACAUCACUGAGCACGAAUACCGUCGACGCACCGACCCAAGCUACGCCGUCCAAUACGACAGCGGCCGCUCUUAUUCAACCCAAUCUCGCGAUAUCGACGUCUCCUACGAUCGCGUAACUGACAACGUCGAGACCUACAAGCCUCGUACCCAAGUUCGUGAAAUCGAAUACGACAGCAACUCGAGCCGGUUCGACAAGCACAUCGAAGUCGAGACCGAGCGGCGUCCAGUUUACGACACACCAAAGCAAAGAAUGGGAUAUUACGACGACGAAGGCCAAUAUCACUCGUUCCGUCGUGGUGUUGAGCGUGCUGCUGACCGUAUCCUUCAUCCCUUCCAUCAUCACCACCACAAGGAAGAAGUCAUGGCUUCCGAUGAACGCGGUCCCGCCCGUGUCCGUGAGGGCGUUCGUGAAUCGGUCAGAGUCGUCCAACCACGUGGUGGACAUCCUCCUGGCACCAUCACCAUUCCAUGCCACUUCAUCCGCAUUGGCGACCUAUUGAUCCUGCAAGGUCGUCCUUGCCAAGUGAUCCGCAUCUCUGUCUCUUCCCAAACCGGCCAGCACCGUUAUCUCGGUGUUGAUCUCUUCACUGGUCAGCUACAUGAGGAGUCUAGUUUUGUGUCCAACCCAUCUCCGUCCGUGGUUGUCCAGAGCAUGCUCGGCCCCGUCUACAAGACCUAUCGCAUUCUCGAUCUCCGUGAGGACGGCCGUCUUACCGCAAUGACCGAGACAGGUGACAUUAAACAAGGCAUUCGCGUCAUUGACCAGGGCGGACUUUUCAACCGCAUCAGUGAUGCUUUUGCUGACGGCAAAGGAAGUGUCCGUGCUCUCGUUAUCAACGAUGGUGGUCGUGAGCUCGUUGUUGACUACAAGGUUAUCCACGGAUCUCGCCUUUAA